AUGGAGGAGGUCUUGACUAAUCCCAAAGCAGGAUACUACAUGAAUCGUGACGUCUUUGGAGCUCAAGGCGAUUUCAUCACUUCUCCUGAAGUUAGCCAGAUGUUUGGCGAGAUGAUUGGUGUUUGGGCUGUGUGUCUUUGGGAGCAAAUGGGAAGGCCAGAGAGGGUUAAUCUCAUUGAGCUAGGUCCAGGGAGAGGAACACUCAUGGUCGAUCUCCUUCGUGGUACAUCAAAGUUUAGAAAUUUCACGGAUUCAUUGCAUAUACACUUGGUGGAAUGCAGUCCUGCAUUGCAGAAGCUUCAGCACCAGAACCUGAAAUGCACAGAUGAAACUAGUUCGGAGAAGAAAGCUGUAAGUUCAUUAGCUGGGACGCCUGUGCAUUGGCACUCUACUCUUGAAGAGGUUCCAUCGGGAGUGCCAACAAUAAUCAUAGCUCAUGAGUUUUAUGAUGCUCUUCCAGUUCAUCAGUUUCAGAAAUCUUCCCGUGGUUGGUGUGAGAAAAUGGUUGAUGUGGGAGAAGGUUCACAGUUCCGGUUUGUUCUAUCACCACAGCCAACACCUGCAGCCUUGUAUCUCAUGAAACGUUGCACAUGGGCUACACUUGAGGAAAGGGAGAAACUCGAGCACAUCGAGAUCAGCCCGAAAUCAAUGGAUUUGACCCAAGAAAUGGCCAAGAGAAUAGGUUCUGAUGGAGGUGGAGCACUUAUAAUCGAUUAUGGGAUUAAUGGAAUCAUUUCAGACAGUCUUCAGGCUAUUAGGAAACACAAGUUUGUCAAUAUACUGGAUGAUCCUGGAUCUGCAGAUCUAAGUGCUUACGUUGAUUUUCCUUCAUUAAAACACUCCGCUGAGGAAGCUUCAGAAAAUGUCUCAGUCCAUGGGCCUAUGACUCAGUCUCAGUUCUUGGGUUCGCUUGGAAUAAACUUCAGAGUGGAUGCGUUGCUACAAAACUGCGACGACGAGCAAGCUGAUUCCUUAAGGUCAGGAUACUGGCAGCUUGUUGGGGACGGCGAAGCACCGUUCUGGGAAGGACCCGAUGAACAAACGCCGAUCGGAAUGGGCACGAGGUAUCUUGCAAUGGCUAUUGUCAACAAAAACCAAGGCGUUCCGGCUCCAUUCCAGUAA